GAAGGGCCAUCCAGACGGUUGGAUAAAUGGAUGGGCUCCAAUAAGAAAAGUGAAAAGUGAAAAGUGAAGAAAAAAGUGCUGGAAGAAAAAUGUCUGAAAAGUGAAAUUGAAAAAAAAAGAUUUAUAGAGAAAAGGAAAUCAAGUGGAUUAGUGCUGAUAUUAAAGGAUAUACGCUUAAGAGCGUGGGCGUGUGUGUGUGUGUGAAGUUCCUUCGCUUCAGCUUCAGCCGGAAGGAUAAGCUCAUUCAUAAGCAAAACGAACGAAAAUUCAGUGAAAAUAUGGCAUUGCCACAAUGGUGGCGUAGCGGCGGCGGUGGCAGCGUGGGUGUGGCACUUUCCUGUGCUCUACUCUUCGCUUGCUGCGGCAGCCUAGUGUUGGCCGAACUAACACCACCAUACUUCAAUUUGGCUACAGGACGUAAGGUCUAUGCAUCGGCCACAUGUGGUGUGGGUACUGAUGGACCGGAAUUGUAUUGUAAAUUGGUGGGCGCUAAUACGGAGAAUGAUCACGUCGAUUAUUCGGUUAUUCAGGGACAGGUUUGCGACUAUUGUGAUCCCAAUAUACCAGAAAAGAAUCAUGCAGCUGAAUAUGCCAUCGACGGCACGGAAGCAUGGUGGCAGAGCCCGCCACUGUCUCGUGGCAUGAAAUACAAUGAAGUUAAUCUGACCAUCGAUUUUGGACAGGAGUUCCAUGUCGCCUACCUCUUUAUACGUAUGGGCAAUUCGCCACGUCCCGGUCUAUGGACGUUGGAGAAGUCCAGCGAUUAUGGCAAGUCCUGGUCACCAUGGAUGCAUUUCUCCGAUUCGGUGCACGAUUGUAUUACCUACUUUGGCAAAGACUCGUACAAGCCGAUCGAACAUGAUAAUGAUGUCAUUUGUUCAACGGAAUUCUCACGCAUUGUGCCGCUGGAAAAUGGUGAAAUACCAGUUAUGUUGCUGAACGAUCGUCCCUCCGCUUCGAAUUAUUUCAACUCAACGGUGUUGCAGGAAUGGACACGUGCCACAAAUGUGCGCAUACGCUUGUUGCGUACCAAAAAUUUGCUCGGCCAUUUGAUGUCGGUAGCACGCCAGGAUCCGACAGUUACGCGUCGUUAUUUCUACUCGAUUAAGGAUAUUUCGAUUGGUGGUCGUUGCAUGUGUAACGGUCAUGCGGAUACUUGCGAUGUGAAGGAUCCAAAGAGUCCGGUGCGUAUUUUGGCUUGCCGUUGCCAGCAUCGCACCUGUGGCAUACAAUGUAACGAAUGCUGUCCGGGCUUUGAGCAGAAGAAAUGGCGGCAGAACACCAAUGCGCAUCCAUUCGAAUGCGAACCUUGCAAUUGCCACGGUCACACGAACGAAUGUGAUUAUGAUGAGGAAGUCGAUCGCAAGGCUUUGUCGCUGGAUAUACAUGGGCGCUACGAUGGCGGUGGCGUCUGCAAGAAUUGUCAACACAACACCGAGGGCAUCAACUGCAACAAGUGUAAGGGCAAAUACUAUCGACCGUUCGGCAAAUUCUGGAAUGAGACAGAUGUGUGUCAACCUUGCAACUGUGAAUACUUCUACUCGACCGGCCAUUGUGAGGAGGAAACUGGCCGAUGCGAAUGUCGUAAGGCCUUCCAACCGCCAAAUUGCGACUCUU